UGACAUAUUUCUCUCUCUCUCAAAUCACCAGCUAUAUAUAAUGAUUUGUUUAGGAAUUACUAGGAGUUAGGGUAACCAGAAGACGAGAAGUGUAAUAUCACCAGAGACCUGUGCAGAAUCCGAAACUCAUCUCAGCUCCGAAUUCUGUCAAAUCAUUUUCUGAACACAGAUAUAGUUUCAAGUGCUCCAAUUUUGACAAUCCUUUGCAUUUGAAUUCGGGUUAGCAAAAGCAGGAAAUGGUCAACAGGUAUGGAGUGUUUUGAUGUGCAGGAAAUACCAUGUUGCAGUGCUUAGAGGGUGUUAAGCAUUUAUGUGCUCCCCUACUUCAGUGUUGUGAUCUUGAUUUGUAUAGACAAUCGAGAGGUCUUGAGGACCCUGAAGUUCUUGCUAGGGAGACAGCAUUUAGCGUAAGUGAAAUUGAGGCACUUUACGAGCUUUUUAAGAAGAUUAGCAGUGCGGUGAUUGAUGAUGGGCUAAUCAACAAGGAAGAAUUUCAAUUGGCAUUAUUCAAGACAAACAAAAAAGAGAGCUUGUUUGCGGAUCGGGUAUUUGACUUGUUUGACACAAAACAUAAUGGAAUCCUAGGUUUUGAAGAGUUUGCUCGUGCGCUCUCCGUAUUUCAUCCGAAUGCCCCAAUCGACGAUAAGAUUGAGUUUUCUUUUCAGCUCUACGAUCUCAAGCAACAAGGUUUCAUUGAGAGGCAAGAGGUUAAGCAAAUGGUAGUGGCUACCCUCGCUGAAUCUGGCAUGAAUCUUUCAGAUGAUGUUAUAGAGAGUAUCAUCGAUAAGACCUUCGAGGAAGCUGAUACAAAACACGAUGGGAAGAUUGACAAGGAAGAGUGGAGAAAUCUUGUUCUGCGACAUCCAUCCCUUUUGAAGAAUAUGACCCUUCAAUACCUCAAGGACAUCACCACAACAUUUCCAAGCUUCGUAUUUCACUCACGAGUUGAAGAUACCUGAUUCGGGAUCUGCAUUUAGGUCUUAUUAGUUGUAAUAAACCCAAAAAAAAGUUUUUGCAUAAUAUUUGGUAUUUUUUUUGGCUAAGAUUGGUGAUUGUGUUUUCACUAUCCUAUGAUUGAAUUUUCAUUUGUUUUUAAGUAGAUGUUUUUUUCUUGUA